CUCAUUUCACUGAUCCAGUGGUACGUUGUAUGACAGUUCAAAACUUACAAUAUAUACAUUUUUGACCGAAUAUCAAGUUUUUGGUAACUAAACUUGUUAUGUAAAAAAAAAAAAAAAACCAAAAUAAAUAAAAUAAAAUAAUAAAAAUUAGCACUUUUAUUGUCUAAGAUGUGAUCAUGUGCUUUUGAUUGCCAGAUACAUGUUACUGCUUGAAUGUACUAAAAAUAGUAAAAUCCACAAUGUAUUUAUAGAAAUAAGAACAUUUUGUUUUCUUUUCUAUUUUCAGAUUGAAGAUUUUGUAGAGCAGCAUGGUCCAAACCUUCCUGACGGGUUUGAUACUGAGUCUGCAACCCCCCUGGAUUAUUUCUGGCUUAUGUUCCCUGUCCGUCUGAUAGCCAUGAUCGUGCGUUACACAAACAGUUAUGCAGCUUGGAAGCAGGCAAGAGAGGGUCACGAUAAGUACUGGGAAGACGUAACUGAACCAGAGAUACGUGCUUUCUUAGCUGUCAACAUGGUAAUGGGCAUUCAGCAGCUACCACAGAUGGAGAUGUAUUGGUCAAGCGAUCCGUUUGUAGGCAAUACUGGAAUUCAGCAGACAAUGACAUGUAACCGCUUUGUGAAAAUCAGUCAGUACUUUCAUGUGAGUAAUCGUGAAGAAGAACCAGUACGCGGACGGGAAGGGUAUGACAGACUUUUCAAGAUACGCGAAAUAAUGACUGUUCUUGUUGACACUUUCAUGCAGGGAUAUACACUUGGUAGAGAAGUAUCGGUUGAUGAGGCCAUGAUAAGGUACUCAGGGCGUCUAUCAUUCCGACAAUACAUGCCGGCUAAGCCUAUAAAACGUGGUGUUAAAGUGUGGAUGUUGUGUGACUCGAACAAUGCAUAUCUUUCAAAAUUUCAAUUUUAUCUUGGGAAAACUAACAACGAGAGAGAGCACGGACUUGGUCACAAUGUAGUAACGGAUAUCACAUCACACAUUCAACAUACAAAUAGAUGGAUUUUUUUUGAUAACUUUUUCAGUGGACUUCCGCUUCUGCAAAGUUUGAUUGCUAAUGGACUAUACGCUUGUGGCACCAUAAGGAUAAACAGACUCGGCUUUCCUGCAGAACUGAAAAAACCACGCGAUGUAAAGAACCGGGGUGAUAUGAAAAUUCUGCAGUUGGGUGAUUCUAACGUAACUGGCAGUGCUUGGAUGGACAAAAAGCAUGUUCACCAUGUAUCGACACUGAGCAAUCCAAAUGAUGUCAGGGAUGCUAACAGGCGUGUGAACAGAGAAGUGGUUCAGGUGCAGCAACCACACAGUGUCUGGUCUUACAAUAAAUAUAUGGGUGGUGUUGAUCUGCACGAUCAGUUGAGAGUGAACUACAAUAUCGGUCGCAAUGGAAAAAAGUGGUGGAAGUACCUGUUCUGGUUUUUGUUCAACUGUGCAGUAGUGAACAGUUACAUUGUGUACAAGGAAGUGUCAACAAGGCUGACGAAGAAGAAGCGAUUUCGUCAUGUUGACUUUCGUGUUGAACUUCAGCGUCAACUUAUAGCUGGAUACGCCAAAAGGAAGAGAUCUGUUGGUGAUCAGCUUGGUCAGAACUUUCCACUUGUUGCUCAGGAGAACAUGGGGAGUUCACGUGAACAUUAGGUUACCCGGUCGCCGCACUACUUGUAAGUUUCAUAUGCGCAUACACAACAAGAGAAGAGAAACAGUUUACGGCUGUGGUGUAUGUAAUGUGCAUUUAUGUAAGGACGGGUGCCAUGUCUUGUACCAUUCGCAAGAGCACUGAGUAUUAUGAAAACUGUGAAUAGUACUAAUGGAAUAUUUAGAAAAUUAAUUUUAGAUGUGUGGUUCUGGAAGUGAAAUUUUCAAAGUAAAUCUGUGGAUUUUAUUUAAUUCUAAAUCUUGGAAUUUUUCAAAAGUUUAUGGACAAAAACUGACAAUAGAACACCGUGCAAGAGAUGGAAUAUAAAUUUAAAAAUAGUUUACAGUUAUGUUGUGUAAAUAUGUUAUAUAAUAUUAUUUGUUAUGUUUUUGUUAAGUUUUGUACAUGUAUAAUGUAAAUAAUUAUAAGAAAAUUUAACCUAAAAAGUUUGAAAAUUAAAAAAAUGUUCACUAAAACUGUUUUGCCUCUCUUUAAAAGCCUGUUUCAAGAUUUUCACAUUAACAAACACAUAUAAUUCUGGUACCAUUGGAAAGGAAAUUUAUUUCUCUAUAAAAUUUAUAUUUACAACAAAAAGGUCAGAUCACUGUAUUAUACAGAAAUUUUGAUUUAAAGUGACCAUGUAUAAAUAUGCAGCAUUUUCCCAAUAUACCCCUAUAUGUACAGGGUACAGAAACUGAUAAGUCCUCUAUUGGUUAUUGAUUUUCUAUAAGGUGAUAGCACUAUAGGUAUUUAUUACCUAAUAUGGAUAUUUCUGUAUGGAGGAAU